CAUCUCUCCCUCUCGUCAUAAAAAAAAGUACCAUACUUUAUCCCGAGAUUUCUUCUUCUCUCUCUCCUCCCUGUCCUCGUUUCUCCACGUUAAAGGGCCAUAAGGCUCUCUCUCUUUCCUUCGUUAACUUUUUCUCACUAUAAAAUCCCCUUCUCCAAGACUCUGUGAACGCAGCUGAGCACCAGCAGCAGCAUUUGAGAAUUUCUAUCAUCUCCCUUUGGUUCUCUCUUACUCUCCACAUUAUCUUCAUUAUCCUUGUCUGAAAUCUCGCAACCCUGCACUCAUUCCAGCUUAAAAUUAAGCCUUUGGUAGUGUAAGCAAACAUAGUAAGACAAAGGAAAAUGAAUCUCUCCGUGAAACCGGCAAGGCCAUGCACAUUUUUCGCAACAACCACACACACCCGCAAACGCAACAAUCACAUUUCAAUCUGCUGUUGCGGCCUCACUCAGACGGUAGUCAGACCACUCAAAAAGUCUAUAAAUGACCAACGGGUCAAGAGCUGGGAACAUCUGCUCGGCCCUUUGGACUACGAACCAGCAGCCUCCCUUUUCACUUCUAAAGCCGUUAAAUUGGGCGACAGAUGGAAGGAAUACCAGGGAAUCCACAACUGGGAAGGUCUGCUUGAUCCAUUAGACGAAAAAUUGCGAGGUGAAAUUCUUCGAUACGGUUAUUUUGUUGAAGCUGCAUAUAGGUCUUUUGACUUUGACUCCUCCUCGCCAACAUAUGGAACAUGCCGCUAUCCCAAAAGCACAUUGCUUGACCGUUCGGGGCUACCCGAAACCGGUUAUCGCCUAACCAGAAAUUUACGUGCCACAUCAGGAAUACUGUUGCCACGUUGGGUUGAAAAAGCACCAAGUUGGGUGGCAACUCAAUCCAGCUGGAUUGGUUACGUGGCUGUCUGUCAAGAGAAAGAGGAAAUAGCCAGGCUCGGCAGAAGAGACGUGGUGAUUGCUUUUAGAGGCACCGCUACUUGCCUUGAAUGGCUGGAAAAUUUACGCGCUAGCCUCACUCCCCUCCCCAAUGCUGACUCUAAACCUGGCCCUGACGGUUCCGAACCAAUGGUGGAAAGUGGGUUCUUGAGUCUUUACACUUCAGGAACCGUCGAGUCACCGAGUCUACAAGAAAUGGUCCGUGAAGAGAUCUCGAGAUUACUCCAAACUUACGGCGAUGAGCCCCUUAGCUUAACCAUCACAGGACACAGUCUUGGUGCGGCUCUGGCUACGCUCACAGCUUAUGACAUUAAAACCACCUUUAAACGUUCUCCAAUGGUGACUGUCAUGUCCUUUGGAGGUCCACGUGUCGGAAACCGGAGUUUCCGCUGCCAGCUGGAAAAACAAGGGACAAAAGUGUUAAGAAUAGUGAACUCUGAUGAUCUGAUAACUAAGGUACCUGGUUUCGUACUUGAGGAAGAAGUCGACGUGCGCAAAAAUCGAAAUGUCUACGUGACGGGUUUGCCUAGCUGGAUCCAAAAGCUAGUCGAGGAGACGCAGUGGGUUUAUGCAGAGGUGGGUAGAGAACUCAGGCUCCGUAGCAGAGACUCUCCAUACCUUAACAGUAUCAAUGUGGCCACGUGUCACGACCUCAAGACAUACCUCCAUUUGGUCCAUGGAUUUGUAAGCUCCACUUGUCCAUUCAGAGCGACCGUACGGAGGGUCCUCAACAACCAUAACCGAGAAAAGACCCCGGCGUAAAAUCAGAAAACUUUGAAAACUAAAAGAAAAACUAAAAAUGGGCUAAAAGACCUGUGAUUUCCGUGCAUAACCUACGGACACUGAUAAAAUUUCGGUGUAAAUAGUUACUUGUAUUUCCCCGCCAAUUGCGGGGCGAGCACAAUCUAAUUAAAUUC